AUGCCCAACUUGAGGAGAGCGCGCUCUCAGGUCACUGGACCCCAGUGGUGGGACCCCAGUGGUGGGACCUCAGUGGUGAGUCCCCAGUGGUGGGACCCCAGUGGUGGGACCUCAGUGGUGGGACCCCAGUGGUGGGACCUCAGUGGUGGGACCUCAGUGGUGAGUCCCCAGUGUGGUGGGACCCCAGUGGUGGGACCUCAGUGGUGGGACCCCAGUGGUGGGACCCCAGUGGUGGGACCCCAGUGGUGGGACCUCAGUGGUGGGACCCCAGUGGUGGGACCUCAGUGGUGGGACACCAGUGGUGGGACCUCAGUGGUGGGACCUCAGUGGUGGGACCCCAGUGGUGGGACCUCAGUGGUGAGUCCCCAGUGGUGGGACCCCAGUGGUGAGUCCCCAGUGGUGAGUCCCCAGUGGUGGGACCUCAGUGGUGAGUCCCCAGUGGUGGGACCCCAGUGGUGGGACCCCAGUGGUGAGUCCCCAGUGGUGAGUCCCCAGUGGUGGGUCCCCAGUGGUGGGACCUCAGUGGUGGGACCCCAGUGGUGGGACCCCAGUGGUGGGACCCCAGUGGUGGGACCUCAGUGGUGGGACCCCAGUGGUGGGACCUCAGUGGUGGGACCCCAGUGGUGGGACCUCAGUGGUGGGACCUCAGUGGUGGGACCCCAGUGGUGGGACCUCAGUGUGGUGAGUCCCCAGUGGUGGGACCCCAGUGGUGGGACCCCAGUGGUGGGACCUCAGUGGUGGGACCCCAGUGGUGGGACCCCAGUGGUGGGACCUCAGUGGUGGGACCUCAGUGGUGAGUCCCCAGUGGUGGGACCCCAGUGGUGGGACCCCAGUGGUGGGACCCCAGUGGUGGGACCUCAGUGGUGGGACCCCAGUGGUGGGACCCCAGUGGUGGGACCUCAGUGGUGGGACCUCAGUGUGGUGAGUCCCCAGUGGUGGCACCCCAGUGGUGGGACCCCAGUGGUGGGACCCCAGUGGUGGGACCCCAGUGGUGGCACCCCAGUGUGGUGGGACCCGAGCGUGGCUGUGAUGCCCAGCGACUCUGUCCUGCUGCGCCUCAUGACGCUGCAGAGCGGCAGCUGA